AUGGCCCGGCCUCUGCAGCUCUUUGUCGUGGUCUCCUCCUUAAUAGCUGCCUCUCUGUGUGAUGUCUGUGUGGAAGCUGUUUUAGGAAGGCAGUUCACAUUUCCAGAAAACUGCAGCAAUGAUGGAGGAAAACUGUUCCGGUGUGAGCCGCAUGGGGAGGUGGAGGUGGCUGUUCACCAGCAAGGUGUGUGGACACCUGCUCAAGGCUACGAAGACCGUAUCAGUAACAAUUCCUCCAUUAUCUUCUAUCACGCAUUUUACAAUGAUAGCGGGGAUUUUGUGUUAAGGUGUAGAGAAGGCGUGCAAAUUAAAAUUAAAGUUAAAGUUCUGCUUCCCUUUAAUGUAACGGUCAAGGAGGGAGAAAAUGCCACUUUCCCGUGCUUUUAUCAAGAGCAAGUCUGCAGCAAGUCCGAGACUGUGCAGUGUGUGAAAAACGGGCAGAAUUCCACCACAGACGAAGGAAACAAGUGUGCUGAUGGCCGACUCUAUGUGUCACCUAAACGAGACUGUUGCCGAAACGUAACAGGGGCUAAGAAGCAAGACGGAGGAGAUUAUUUUUGUUACAUCCAGUGUGGAGGGAAACGGUUCGCAGCUGUUGUGAGGCUAAAGGUCAACGGGACAUCCACUUCACCGCCUGCGUCGAAACCACAACAAGCCUGAGCUGCUGUCAGCUUUACAGAGGAGCAGUGCUGUGCUGUGCAACAUCCACACACGAUCCAGUCACACGGACCUUCCUCCUUCUCUUUAGCUCAUCAGUGCCACCCGUUACACAUAUUUCUCAUUUUUAGCGUCUAAAAACAACACGUUAGAAGUGCCAGAUUAGCUUGGAAACAUUCAAGUUUUUCAG